GGAACAUUUAUACUGUGGAUCUGAAUCUUGGAGUAUUUUUUAUCAUUCACUAUGUCGAACAUGUGGUGACGAGAACACGAAGACAGUUGAUACAGGAUUUAACAUGUUUGAAAACGUGAAAUUGCAUUAGUUUCUGAUUCUUGAUGCGGCUUCUGGAUUUCCUCAAACAUGUGGGAAAGAGUGGAGUUUAUAGAAAUCAAUCUGGAUGACCCCAAAAGAGAGGACAGUAAGACUGAUUUCAUUAACCCAGUGUUCCAGCCAGACUGUGGGAAUGAAGACCAUGGGGAACAGGGAGCUGCAAACUACCUGAAAACUAACCUGCAGAAUGAAUCGGUGCAUGGCUCCUGGGAAACACUCAUUGGAAGAGCUGGUGCAUGCCCAGGUCCAAUGUGGCUCAUAGCCAUAGGAUUGGCUGUAAUCUUGACGGUGACUAUCGGAGGGAGUUUGAUCACUUUCACCAUUCAACUGGUUAUUCAGAAAUCAACCAAUAAUCAUUCUGGGGAAGUGGUCAAUGUGCCCAACAAUGGGAACAAGACGUCCAUCAGUCUCUUUACAGCCUCUCCCUCUGCCACUGCUUCUAGCUCCGAGAACAUUGUCCCGGCCAUUCCUGGUUUUCCAGCAGCGACUGCGCCAUCCAGAACAUCAAUGCCAUCACCAUCAUGUGGUGGGGUCUUUCGAAACUCUGAGGGAUCGUUCUCCACCCCUCGCUACCCAGCACAAUACCCAGCGAACCUGAUGUGCAUUUGGUGGAUCUUGGCAGAACCGGGGCUCGUGAUCCAGUUUAAAGUCGACUCCCUAAACAUCGAGGGGCACUCACCUUGUCACUUUGACCGGCUGGAUCUUCAUGAAGAAGAGGGAAACGGGUUCGACACGCAUCAGUUAGCUAGGUUGUGCGGGAAUGUUGCGCCUCCUACUGUCAAUACCAACACCAGCCGGCUCAAAGUUUCCUUCGUAUCGGACGCUAGCGUUGGGGGACGGGGUUUUAUUGCGCGAUACUGGAUGAUCGCUCCAAGUGACAAAAGCUGUGCCUGGGAUGAGUUUCUGUGCGAUGGGGGCCGAUGUCUUUUUGCCAGUUUUAAUUGCAAUAAUUUCUAUGACUGCUUAGACGGGAGCGAUGAGGUGAAUUGUGCUCAGCAUCAUGAUUGCGGAGGGGUUCUGACUGCUUCGGAAGGAUCUCUGGCCACUCCCAAACACCCUGAGCAAUAUCCACACAGACAGAUGUGUGUGUGGCACAUCUCGGUAACUUGGGGUCAAGUGGUCCAGUUGAUGUUUCACAACUUCAGCCUGGAGUCUGCUGGAGACUGUCAAUAUGAUUUUGUGGAGGUGCAUGACCAAGCCAGCAGCAGUCCCAGCACACUCAUGGGCAGAUACUGUGGGGACUCCCUGCCUCCAAUACUGAUUUCCCCCCAACACGAGAUGUUGGUUAUAUUUGUAGCUGAUGAGGGUGAAUCAGAUGAGGGGUUCUUUGCCACCUAUCAGGCUGUCAACAAAAGCAAGGUGGCAUGCAGUCCUCAUGAGUUCAGCUGCAUAAAUGGGCAGUGUGAAGCGAUGCAGUGGGUGUGUGAUGGCUGGAACGACUGCUCAGAUGGGAGCGAUGAGAUGAACUGCACUAACGUCACACAUCUGCCUUAUGAAACUGCCUGUGAGAAAAUUGAAGUGGAGAUGUGUCAAGGACUCGGUUAUAAUGAAACUUCAUUCCCCAAUAUCUGGCUUGAGAUUCCAGAUCAGAGAAGUGCUAUUUCUACCCUGAAGGGUUACAAGCUCCUGACGGGCUUGGUUUGCUAUGAGAAUCUUCGCGUGCUGACUUGCAGUAUCUUUGUGCCCAAAUGCACAUGGGAUGGUGGUGUCAUGCCACCCUGUCAGUCUCUCUGCCUAUCUACUGAGAAACAAUGCCAACAUUCACUCGAGUCUCUGGGCAUCAUGUGGCCUUUUAACUGUAACAUUUUUCCAGAUUCUGAUGACCCCAUUGAAUGCGUGGGACCAAUCUAACCCACGGCCACAUCUGUCUUGGACCCAGAAAGAGAAAUUGUUUUAAUUGCAACUCACUAACAGCAGCAUUUGGGAGACUGCAUGAACAAGUUUUGUCAAAUGCUAACUAUGUAUUUCUUUGCUGAACUUGGACAAUUUUUUUAAGUCCCCCCCCCCCCACCCCCAAUCUGAAGUUUCAUUCCUUCUUUGCUGAGACAAAGUCGGCAUUCACGAGCUGAGUUGGUCUUGCAGUUGGAGAUGGGUGGAUGCAGGUCUGGAAUAUCACAGCUACUGUGAACACUUGUAUUGGAACAACGUUUGUUCCAAGGCAAGGCAAACUACAGCAAAAGAAUUUGCAGAGAACCAAUUAUUAUCUGAAAUAUGGUGUCUUCAUAACCACAACAUGUGUCCGUGAGAUGGAAAUUGUUUUAAAAACUCAUGCAAAUCUCGGGCUUCCCCUGGCGCUGAUACUCUAACAUGCACAAAGA